GUGUAAUACGUAUAGCAGUAACAUGUUAAAAGUAGUUAAAGUUUGAAAGACUCCGAAAUAAAGCAGCUAAAGAAACAGAGUACUAAUUCGAUUAGAAAGCAAAAUCCUGUAUGUAAGAUUCCCCAAUUCGUUGUCGACCGGUAAAAAUAAUUUGCUACACAGUUUGUAAAAAAGAGAAACAUGACGGAAGAAAUUAAAAAGAAUUUAAAAACAGAGAUAGAUAAAUAUAAACAGGUUCAAAAAGAUUACCACAAAGCAUUGAGCCAAAGGCAACAACUGGACGGGCAAUUGAAUGAAAAUGUUGCGGUUAAGAAAGAGUUGGAUCUCUUGAAACCAGACGAUAAUGUCUUCAAACUGAUAGGGCCGGUUCUUAUUAAACAGGACUUGGAAGAAGCGAAGGAGAAUGUUGCCAAGCGUAUGGGAUAUAUCUCUUCCGAAUUGAAAAGAGUGGAGGAUUUGAUAGUUACGUUAGAUAAAAAGCAAGAAUCGCACCAGGAAAUGCUGGAGAAAUAUCAACAGAUGUUUUACCAGGCUCAAGUGAAAGCGUCCGCUUCUCAACCUAAGACAUAAUUUCAUGUACGAAAUCUCAAUGAACUUACGGCGUUUCACUUUGUUACAUCGAUGUCAUACUAUCCUCAAUUAAGAUAGAAAAUAAGAAAAAAAAGGAAGAAAAAAAAAAUGAAUGAAUUGUGAAAUAAAUCGAAAGUUUAUUAUUCCUGGAAACUCUUGCAUUUCUAUGUAUCUUAUAGUUUUAAAAGUUUAUUGCUUUUAACAUGUGAAGAAUAAAU